AUGGCAGCAUCUGUUGGUGGAGCAAUGUUUGUGAAAGCAAUUGAUGCAAGUGGAAAUAUAAAAUAUGCAAAUUAUGUUGCAAACAUAUUUCUAUUAGUGAUUGAAGAAAUUAGGAAGGAGAAUAUUGUUCAAAUUGUUACAAAUAAUGGACCAAAUUUUAAGGCUGCUGAGUUGACAAUUGAAAAUAAGCAUCCUCACAUUUUCUGGACACCAUGUGUAGUGCAUAGUCUAAAUUUGGCAUUAAAGAUGAAUCAUAGCUUGCCAAAUGCCAUUUUCAAAAGUUACUCAAAUUUGGAAUUACUAAGGGUUGCAGAAACAAGGUUUGCAUCACACAUUGUCAUGGCUAAACGUUUGAAGGAAGUAAAGCCAGUAUUAGAGAAGAUGGUGAUGGAUGACACUAUGAUAGAAAAUGUGAAAGCAAUUAUAUUUGAGCAUGAAGACAAAGAUCAUAUCACAGGACAAUCAGAUUUCUUUGACGCGAUUCAUGAAAUUUUAGAAGCUAGAUGGACCAAAAGCAACACACUUCUACAUUGCAUAGCUCAUUCAUUGGUCCCUAAGUAUUAUCAUGAGUCUUGGCUUCAAGGUGGAAGUAAUGGCAUUCAGCGAUUAGCAACGCAUGAAGAUGAAGAAGUGUCUACUAAUAGGAGCAAGUGUUUUGAGCGGUUGUUUCAAAACAAUACAACUCAUCUGCGAAAUGUUUAUGUUGAAUAUAGUGCCUUUUCAAGUGGAUCCGUCUAUUUCAAUCAGCCACAUGUUAUUGAAGCAAGAAUGUAUGAGGAGCCAAUUUCUUGGUGGGCUGAUCAUGGUGCUUCAACACCAUUGUUGCAAGGGUUAGCAUUUAAGUUGCUGUCACAACCAGCUUCUUCAUUAUGUUGUGGAGAUAGGUUUGACAUUAAUGGAUCUCCAAUUGAGUUUGCAGAACUUUCCAUCAAUGAACCUGAGUUGGAGCUUGUGACUUUUGAUGAUGCAGUGGAGGAUGUUCAGCCUGAUGAUGUUGGUCAUGCUAAAAUGGUGAAAGAACAUGUGAAUUGUGGGAGGUUGGAAGCACUAAUCAAUCAGGUUUUCAAGAGCAAAGAAGAAUUGCUCAAUUGGGUACAUGACGUUGGAAGGAAAAAUAGUUUUGUGAUUGUCAUCAAGACAUCAGAUUAUGGUGAUGGUCAUAGGACACCAAGGAUAUAUCUUACCUGUGAGAGAAGUGGUCAAUACAGAGCCCAUAAGAAAUUAAAAGGAGAUGAUUCAAACAAAACAAUUGUGAAGUUAACGGGUACAAAGAAAUGUGGGUGUCCCUUUGAGUUGAGGGCUCAUAAGUUGAUGGCAGAUGAUGAUUGGAUGCUAGAUGUAGCAUGUGGAAUGCAUAACCAUGCUCCUGCUAAACAUUUUGAAGGACAUUCAUUUGCAGAGAGAUUAUUUGAGGAGGAAAUAUCGUUAUUAGUGGAUAUGUCCAAAAGCAUGAUCAGACCAAAAAAGAUUUUGUGGUUCCCGUAA